UGAUUCAUUUCUAUAAAUGUCAAUAAUUAAUUGAAUAUCCAAGCAGUGAGAGAGCAAACAACAAAUGUCACAAUUAUAAAUAUACAGAACUGGAUUUCCUACAAUUUAAAUAAGAUAUCUAUUUGUAUAUAAACAAAUUGACUGAGGUCUACCAAUGUGAUAAAUUCAAAUGCUACACCUCAGUAUCUAUUUCAAAUGGAACAGAGGCACCUGCACUAAUUGGAUCUAUAGGGACAGAUAGUUUUCAGAUCUAACAAACAAGCUGCAUCGCUGUUGGUUUCUCUGCAUUUGAGCUUUUGAAAUUGACUGAAGAAAUGUCUGAAUCAAUAAGAGAAGUGGGGAUUGAAAAUUCGAUGCACAUUUUUAACAAACCGAAGCAAAUAUCUGUAGAAUUUAUUUUUGCAUGAUUGACUCACAGUGUCACCGUGAACUUGACAUGAUAGAAUAAUAGAGCACGCAUAUUAGAUUAAUAGGUGACAUAUUAGGCUGCAUAUCAUCUUGAGAGUGUUACAGUCAAGGCUAUCUGCGACUAAUAAAGUUGUUUCAGAUAUUACACAACCUGUUACAGUGUCCCAAUAAUUGGAAAGGGCAUUUCAGUCCAUCUGCUCACUUCAGCUCACAGCAGCAAUGGAGCUUCUUGGAAACUGGAAUAGCAUGUUUCCCCAAAUGACAUGGAGACAGACUGAUCAGAGUGUGUCCACAGCACAGAUCGGAGACUUGAUUGAGUUUAUGAAUCCGUGGUCAGGAUCGUCUCUCUGGGCUGUUCAUGUUGGAGAAGGUCGUGUUGUCCAUUUUGGAGCGGGAGAUGAGAACAUGACGCAGAGAGCCUGCCGCAGCUUCAUUCAACUCAUGGUUCCAAAGUCAAAAGGCGAUCGUGUCCUCAGGAAGACCAGAAUCUGCACACAGCACAUUACGGAGAUCAAAGUGCCAGUAGGAACUCAAAUCAGGGUCAACAACACUAAACACAACCUGGUUCCAUCUGAUGUGGAGAUGAUGACGAAUCGCUGUGAGACUUUUCUGCACCAGGAGUUUAACUACGACCUGAUGAACUUCAACAGUGAGCAUUUCGCCACAUUUGUUCGAUACGGCAAGGCAGUGAGCAACCAGAUUCCCUUUAAGAAAAAGAAUGAUGCAAAUAUGGAUACAACUCAAACUCUGGAAAUGAUAAUGAUGCAGCGGAUGGAGACAGAAACUUAA